AUGCGCUACCUACAAUUACAAUCGGUGAGAGAAGGAAGAGCUUUACGAUGGCUAAAACUUUCAAUAUUUACCGAAGCAAUUUUUUACAUUGUAUUUGGAAUAUUUGUUGGAUGGCAUCUCCCGAUGAUAAUAAAAACUGGAUUAAUCUCCAUGGAUGUGGAGAAAAAACGAAAUAUUGAAGAUUCCGGACAGCAAAUGAGACAGAGUAAAGCACCGAAUCCAUUUUUGUUCAAUAUAAGGGUAUCAGCGAAGAACAUGUUAUCAAUGAUAAUGCAAUACAAAAUAAGAUCAGGAAAACUGAAUGGAAUUGAUGAACUCCAUAACGAAACAGCGAGAACAUUCCCAUUGGAAGAUGACGCACAUCGAAAUGAGAGAAUAAUUGCGGAUUAUGUGGCAUCUGAGGUGUAUGUGUUUUGCUGGAUAAUGACGGAUGCAUCCAGGCAUCGUACGUAUGUGAGAGCGGUGAACACGACAUGGGCUCAACGAUGCAAUAAGCACUUGUUUGUCUCAUCGAGCGAUGACAAUACGCUUCCCACGAUAAAUUUAGGUUUUCAUAAAAGUCGGAAUUCAUGGCGGAAAGUGCGAUCGAUGUUGAAAUUCGUUCAUAUGCAUUAUCUAUUGCAACAAACAGUCCAGUGCUACCUAUCUCUAUGUUAUAUUCGUGUAAUUUUCUUGGAUCAGUACGAUUGGUUUCUUGCUGCCACGGAUGAUAGUUAUGUAAUUCUUGAGAAUUUACGAUACCUACUUCUCCAAUAUUCACCUCAAGAAGCUUUAGUGUUUGGAUCUCAUAUAUUCACAUUUCCAAAGCUAAACAAAAAAUCGUCUUAUUCCCUACAAGGAUUUAUAUUAAGUAAAGAAGCAGUGAGAAAAAUUGUGAUUGAUGGUUUGAAGUCCUCAAAAAACUGUACUAAAGAAAAAGGAAACGAAUUAGAACUGAUGUGGAUGUGUUUCCAGAAUAGUGGCGUUCGAUUUGUGGAUUCACGUGAUAGGGAGAAUGCCCAUUUAAUACUACCGCUGAAACCACAAGAGCAUGUUGCACCAUAUGAGCUGGUUUUUAAUACUACCGCUCAGAAAUGGCUGGAAAAUGCGUCUGAUCGAGCUGUUUUUCCAUCCGGAAUGGAUUGCUGUUCAGAAUAUCCAAUAUCCUUUCACACUAUUCCAUAUCGUGGUAUUUACGCUUUAGAAUUUUUAAUCUAUCGGCAAAGAAUUUUUGGAGUGGAUAUGCCAGCGAUGAGAUACGGAGAUGAACGUAUGGUGUGGUCAAGUCUUUUCGGUGACCUUAUUGAAAACCACGAGUUCUGA